AUGUUUCUUCCACAGUACGCUCUUUUUCACAACAAUGAUAGCUUGGAUUACAUCAACGCCGACGGUGAAAUUCUGGAAUUUCCGGUGGUUCCCGAUGCGUUCACUGAUUACAAAAUUCCUCCACCAGUUGCAAACAACACGGACGACCGAGUCAUCGACGCUUUGCCUGGGAGAAAACAACGAAUCAGACGAGCACUAUCUGACCAGCUGACGGGGGCCGCUGUCAUCAAACUUAUUUUGUUCAUAGAUAAAGGGGCAAUUGAUAAGUUUAAGCCAUUGAAUAACAACGAUGAAGCAGCUUCACGGACAGACUUACGGAGAUGUUUCACGCUGAUUGUCAAUGAGAUGACUGUUAUGUACCAAACAUUGAGGACACACGGCGUGGGCUACACACGAGGAACUGUAACGCAACCUUUGCAGAAUUUCGCUGUUCAGCUUGUAGAUGUGCAGUUUCCAACGACGGGUGGCAAUUUCCAAUUUGCAAUUGACAAUUUGGCCGGUAACGAUUUAGAUUCGGAUGCUGGACUGGACGACUUUAGGACAUUUAUGGCUUCCUAUACCUCGGGAAUACAGUAUGAUCAUGCUGCUUGGAUUUCAGGGAACGAUCUGGUUUUCAACACUGGCCGUGGUAAUGUGGGUUUGGCUUGGACGAAUACUUUAUGUAGUACGACUGAUUUUAACGGUGGAUAUCAUACAUCAGUGAUCGAAUUAACAGCUGGUAUUUCCAGGAUCCUAUCGCAUGAACUUGGUCACGGGUUUGGAAUGGGUCAUGAUGGUGAAGGCAACAGUUGCCAGCAAUCCGGCUUCAUCAUGGGAGCAACGCUUGCUCUUGUCGAUACAAACACUCAGGCGACGUUCUCCAAAUUCUCUAGCUGUUCCGCCGCAGAUGUCACAGUCUACACCCUCGGAAUCGGAGCCGACUUCCGCUCCACCUGUCUGCUUCCACCUGAUAGUGCAUUCUUCCUGGAUGUGUGUAAAGGAUUUAAAGGGACGACGCCUGUGACACUAGACGAGCAAUGCAAGAAAGAAUUCGGAGCAAGCAGUACCAUAGACUUAACGUUCCAAUCUCAGCAAAACGAUGUAACAUUCCUUCAAAACAACUAUGUUACUAGUUGUGUGAGGGGAGUAAAUGAGGCUCCGUAUACCAUUUGGUGUAAUGUCGGCAACAACCAAAUUUCGCAAGUAAGCGAAGUUAUGAUGGGGACCAAAUGCGUUAAAGGAGAUCGAAUAAUGGACCCUAACAAUAUUUGCAUCCAUGGUGAAUGUACUUCCUUGUUACUUUGCAACACAAACAAUCCAGCACCACCACCACCAAAUCCACUUCCACCACCUCCACCUCCUCCAAAUCCACCUCCACCAAAUCCACCUCCUCCUACUCUAGCGACCACACCAUUGCCCAGCUCAUGUCCGUGUGCGGACACCACUUGUUGUCGUAUUGUUUGGAGAAUAAAAAAUAGGACAGUGGAUGGAUGCUGCCCGGAAUGCCAGUAUAGAAUCGAUGUCUGGGGAAGAGACUGUACAAUUAAGACUGUAAAAUGAAAACAGUUGGAAAGUGAUAUCUCAACAGAAACUGAGUAAGAAGACAAAUUCAUGAAUAAAUGUGAAACUACGUUUGCCUGAUUUAAAAAUGAUAGCAGAUGUAACCGUUUCACGAUGAACACUCCAAAUCCUUAACUAUAUGCUUUUACUGUAUACACUAUAUGUUGUUAUUAUUAUGCACUUUUCCAUAACAUUUAUAUGUACCUUGAACAAAAGGUGUCUUCAAACCAAUUCCAAUACUUAUGUUUAACGAUAAUAUUUUAAAGCAUGUGUUGGUUAUUACAACUGCAAAAAAUGUUGAUACAUGCGAAUGAAACAAUUAUGGUAAUGAGACUAAUAAAGUAUUCACUGUUAAAAUGGUAAAUGAAAAGAGAUAAAUGCAACCAAUACCCUAGUCAUUGGCUUUUUCACCAGCCAAUUAUUAGACUUUAUGCUUACAAUGAAGAUUAUUAUGAAUGGAGAAUAUUAUUGAAACUGUUUUUCCUCGAAGUAUAUAAAAGCACAAUAUGACACAAAUUAAAAUACAUAUAUCUACACAAUUCUUCAUUUAGAACAGUGUAUAUAUGCCAUUAUAAACACUUAUAUACAAAAUAC